AAUGGGAUGGGAUGCGGAUAGGUGGCAGGUGGAGGAGGGAUGGUGGCAGUUGGAGGUGAGAGCAGAGUGGUGGGAGGUGGUGGAACAGGCCCAGGUGGCAGUUGGAGAAGGCAUGGCCGUGGCGAUGAGGGGGAUGGGACAAUAUGGGAUGGGAUGGGAUAAGGAUAGGGAUGGGAUGGUAUAGGGUGGGAUGAGACAUGAUGGGGUGGCAGGUGGAGGGGUUCCAGGUAGUGGGAGGUGGCAGCUGGAGCCCAGGCUGCAGUUGGAGGCAGGGCUGGGUGUCAGCGGGGUGGGGGCAGGACAGGUCCCUGUGGGGUGGGACAUGGAGAGGCCCCACUGAGGGGUGACAGUGGGAGAGGCUGGGAACGGGGCCUUGGGGGCAGCUGGGGGGCCUGGGGCUCUGGUGGCAACUGGGGGAGCCCAGCAAGGGGCUGGGGGAGCUGGGGAGGGGGCCUGGCUGACUCUGUGUCCCUGCAGGCCACGAGGGGCACGGGGAUGGGGACGGGGCUGUGCCCACCCCUGAGGGGCACGGGGGUCGCGGGACUGAUCCUGCUCCUCUGCCCAGUUCUCCGGAGUUUCUUGUACCUAAACUUCAUUAGAAGGUUUACUGGAGCGUCGAGCAUCGUCUACUCCGAAGUGACGGUGCCGAGGCAGCUGGAGCCAAGGCACGGGGCUGUCACAGAGGAGGACAAGGCUUAUUUAAUCAUGGCAGAAGGAAAUUACCAUGUCAUCCACCUGACGCAGGCAAAAAAUCUGGUAGCCAAGGACCUCCCGGUUUUCACUUAUGGUGCAGAGGGGGAGCUGAUAACCGAGUUUCCGUACAUUCAGGAUGACUGCUUCUACCAGGGGUUCGUGGAGGGCUCCCCGGGCUCUGUCGUCUCCGUCAGCACGUGCUUUGGGAUCAGCGGAGUCCUGCAAAUCGGAGACCUGAGCUACGAGAUCCAGCCGGUGGAGAACUCUUCGACCUUUCAGCACCUCAUUUUCCGAAAGGCGCCGGCAGGAGGCUCGCCCCCGCUCUGCCGGGUGCCCAGGGAGCACCAGGACCGCCUGCCCGCAGAAGGAGAAAUCACAAAUGGGAGCAGGAAAAUCCUGGUUAUCGAGGAGGUCCCCGGGCUCCACAGCCUGCCCGUGCCCACCAGGUACCUGGAAUUGGCUCUUGUCGCCAACCAGGAGCUGUUCAAAGCUAACAGCUACAACGAAACCCUCAUGCUGCACCUCUUCAUUUCCAUUAGCAACCUCCUGAACACGGUGUACAGGCGCAUGAAGCUGCAGGUCGUCAUCAGCGCGGUGGAGAUGUGGACCAGGGGGGACCAGGUGACGGCCACCCACAGCCUGGCCCAGACGCUGCAGUUCUUCACCACCUGGUGCCAGAGGGACGCCGCGGGGCGCAUCGAGUACGACCACGUGGAGCUGCUGCUCGGCCAGCACUAUGCGGAGCGGGGCUUUGCCUGGAAGGGGAUGAUGUGCCAGCCCAACUCCGUCGGUGUCGUCUCGUUCCCUGGCCAGGACACCAUCAGCGAUGUGAUGACCCUGGCGCACGAGAUCGGCCACAGCCUGGGCUUCGACCACGAUGACGCAAAACAAUUCCACGACCAAUUCUGUAACUGCAACUGCACCCACAGAGGAUGCAUCAUGCGAUCAUCCCCGGGAUCUUGCUUGGCAUUCAGUAACUGUACUAUGAGAGAAUACUAUGAUGAAGUAAUAAGAAAAAAUAAGCCUUGUCUGUUCAACAUACCAUCUUUAAAACCAUUUCUUUUUGAACUCUGUGGCAACGGUGUCUUGGAAAAAGGCGAAGAAUGCGACUGCGGCACUGACGAGGCAUGCCUCGAGUCGGGAUGCUGCUUCUCCUCCAGCUGCUUGCUCGCACCGGGGGCUUCUUGUUACAGAGGCGAAUGCUGUCACAAGUGUCAGUUUCAGCCCGCAGGAAAAGUCUGCAGAGAAUAUAGGAGCACGUGUGACCUGCCGGAGUACUGCAACGGCUCCUCGGCCACCUGCCCCGUGGACGUGUUCAAGCAGGACGGGACGCCCUGCGGCGACAACGACCGCUGCUACGAGGGGCAGUGCCACAGCCACGAGGCACAGUGCAAGGCUUUGUUCGGCAAAGCUGCCCACCGUGCCCCACUGAGCUGCUUCAGGGAAGUGAACGUCCGAGGCGACCGCUGCGGGAACUGCGGCUGGAACGGGACCUACUACACCAAGUGCCGGGAAGAGAACAUCCUCUGCGGAAGAGUGCAGUGUGCUAACAUUAAAAAAGUGCCAGUCCGGCAAGACGGCGAGACCGUGGUUCAGACCACCGUGAACAACGAGCUCUGCUGGGGACUCGAAUUCCACCUGCCCCUGGACACGCCUGACGACGGAUCGGUGAAAGACGGCACGUCGUGCGGAAGGAACAAGAUAUGUAUAAACAGGACGUGUGUCAGUGCAGCUUUUCUCAACAGCGACUGUACAGAGAAACGGUGCAAUGGCAAAGGGGUGUGCAACAACAAGAAAAACUGCCACUGCGAUUUUGGGUGGGCCCCACCAGACUGCAAGCUGGAAGGAUUUGGAGGCAGCGUUGACAGCGGCCCACCUCCUUCGUACUACUGGGGAGCUGUAAAGAAUAUGGGAAAAGCGGUUGGGACGCUGGUUUUAAUCUUCUUGGUUUUGGGCAUUUUGGUGUACAAGAGGGCUGAAAUUGCCGAGUACAUCCAAAGGUGGCAACUCAGAAGACAGGAAAAAAAAACGUGAUACCACUCCUCCUCCUUCAAAAGAGGAGAAUCUAGCAGAGGCAGACGAAAGUCCUACAGAUUAAGCCAGAGCAGUGGCUCUUUGCAGGACACAAGACCCCGAAGGAUGGAAACAGCCUGCACAGGGCUCUGAAAGCAGCCCCACGUACCGCUGGCUUUGUGGGAACUGGCCGUGCUUCCCAAACCUGUCACAUUAGUUUUGGUUUUGUUCCGCUUUAAAUAACAUUACCUUCACUGAAAUAAACAGUUUUUCUUCCUAUUUCUGUUUAUGGUAAAUCCCUCAUUUGCAAGGAGGCUGGGCUCCAGGCACCUCAGAGGUUUCCAUCUCUGCUUCCUAAGCGGCGUGUGUCUACUGCGGCAGCGGUCCGGUCGUCGCUUUAUGGGCCCUGCAGACUGCAGGCAGGCACACGGCAGGCUGUGUCUCAGCGGUUUUGAAUUUUAUAGGCUGUGUUGAGAUUUGUGAGCCCAAAGCAGCUGGCUGCAGACACACAGCCCUGAUGAUGCAGACCUCCCCCCGCCCGCGGCCGCUACGUGUCGGUGUGUGCCUGGAAGGAAGCACGGAUGGCCAGGACAGAUGGAUCCGGGGCUCCUGGGGACUCCUCAUCCUCUCCUGGUGGGCUGGCUGAUGGAGAGGCCACCUCCCUGCUCCCUGCUUGCAGAUGUAGUCAGCAGUGACCUGGAGAAGGUGAAAGAAACAACAGCCACACCAUUUAUUUGACCCCAUAGACAUAAAAGAAGACAAAAAAUGCUGCGUUUCUCUUUGAAAUGCUCAUCCCUGAACACACGGAGCCAUGCAGCUGCCUUGUGUGGGUCUGCCUUGCAGUGGGCUGUGGCCAUAGAAAUGUCCACGAGGUCUCCUGCGUUCAAAAGCUGAACGAGAACAAAGAACGGGAAACAAUAUUGUGCCUGCACUUCACCCACACAGGCAGCGUGUUUGCCACGAGGGAUCUGACACAAACUGGUGGCAGCAAUUCCUGUUCCGACUUUCAGCCGAUCGUCUCCCAAAGGCAAUGGGAGAUCUGACAAACUACAAUCCUGCAGCCCGAUGAGCUUGCCUGGCCGUAAAGGCAGCCACCCUGCAGGCUGUGUUCCUGAGCAAAGCGUAUAACCACGUGCAUAC